UCAAUAGUCAACACAGUGCCGCGAAGAGCGCGCGCUCAAGCAUCUACUCUUUACUGAUCGUGUUCUGCGGACUAAAAGGUUAGGCCCUUCGCGGUGCGGUCAAUAAAAGAUAUGUCGUCUAAUACGAAAAACGAUACGAACGAGGAUGCAGAGAGUUUAAAUGGACCCAUCCGUUUCAAGAGUGUUGUGCCAAAAGAAAGGCAAAAGGUUCUCAAGUGGAAUGGUUGGGGAUACAAAGACUCGGAAUUUCGUGUGAACCAAAAAUAUAUCAUCGAAUUCACUGGUGAGAGAUAUCCGAUUGGAAACCAGCAACUUCCUUAUUUCACGCAAUGGGUAAAAGACACAUUUGGUAUAGAUCCGACCCAAAGGAAUAUUUCUCAAUCGAUACCGACAAAUCUACCAGAACCGAUCAUAUCGUUGAAAGUGUUGGAAGCGAUUCAAGAAUUAAAGAUCGAAUAUUCCUUGAAGGGUAUCGAUCGGUUGGUUAGAGCACAUGGGCAUACACUUCGGGAAAUUUAUCUCCUCAAACAUGGAUCGUUCGAUCGAAUACCGGACAUAGUUCUCUGGCCAAAGUGCCACGAGGACGUCGUAAAAAUAAUUAAAUUGUGUGCUCGAUAUGGGUCAGUCUGUAUUCCAUUCGGCGGUGGAACAAGCGUAAGCGGUGCUGCCUCUUGUCCGACGAACGAACGGCGAACGAUAAUAUUGUUGGACACUUUGCAAAUGAAUAGAAUACUGUGGAUAGACAGGGAAAACCUAAUUGCUUGUUGCGAGGCUGGUAUUAUCGGCCAGGACCUUGAAAAGCAACUCCGACUGCAAGGUCUGACUUCUGGCCACGAACCCGAUUCUUACGAAUUUUCUAGUUUAGGUGGAUGGGUUGCAACGAGGGCGAGUGGCAUGAAAAAAAAUCGAUAUGGGAACAUCGAAGACCUAGUUGUACGAGUGAGAAUGGUUACCGGUAGAACGGAUGAUCCAGAAAUAACACUCGAAAGAAGUAUAUUGGUACCAAGAGCUUCUUGUGGUCCUGACUUUGACCAUAUGAUCCUUGGUAGCGAAGGAACUUUGGGCGUCAUUACGGAAGUGGUGAUCAAAGUUAGACCAUUGCCAAAAGUAGUCAAAUACGGUAGCAUAGUUUUCCCAAAUUUUCAAGCCGGUGUAUUAGCGUUGCGUGAGGUAGCUAAGGAACGAUGUCAGCCGACUAGUAUACGAUUGAUGGACAAUGAACAGUUCCAGUUCGGUCAGAUGUUACGACCAGAAUCUAGUUGGUGUGGUUUACUUUUGCAAGGAUUAACACAAGCUUACAUUACUAGGAUAAAACGUUUCAAAUGGGAUCAAAUAUGUGUCGCUACCUUAUUGUUCGAAGGUAGCUCGAUCUACGAGGUGGCAGCACAGGAACAAAAGAUUUACAACAUUGCGGAGCAACACAAUGGUAUUCCAGCAGGAGAAACGAAUGGUGAACGAGGUUACCUUUUAACAUUCGUUAUAGCUUAUAUCCGAGAUCUGGGUCUCGAGUACUACGUUUUAGCUGAAUCAUUUGAGACGUCCGUCUCCUGGAAUCGUGCGUUACCGUUGUGUAGGAAUGUGAAAUCUCGUGUGAUCAGAGAGUGUUAUUCACGUGGUAUCGAACAAUAUUUUAUCUCUUGUCGUGUUACACAGACUUACGACGCCGGUUGUUGUGUGUACUUUUACAUGGCGUUCAAUUACAAGAAUCUUCCGAACCCGAUAGAAACGUAUGAGGCUAUCGAGCACGUUGCACGCGAAGAAAUUCUUGCAAACGGUGGUUCUCUGUCUCAUCAUCACGGUAUAGGAAAAUUACGUUCUUGUUUUUACGCGGAUGCAGUAGGAACAGUGGGAGUGUCCCUUUAUAGAGCAGCCAAAGCACACUUGGAUCCCCAUAAUAUAUUUGCAGCCGGGAACUUGGAUCCGAAAUGUUUAUCGAAACUAUGAGGUGAACAUGAAAUUGUGAUAAUUGCAACUUAUCACAUUGGAAAUCAUUUUAAACAGAAAGAAGAAGAGAAAAAGACAAUUAACAUUGCCAUUUUUAUCAAUUGAUAUGUUGUGGUGGUAUACAGAAACGAUGAUAAAGGAAGAGACUAGUAUAAUAUAAAUAAACACAUCACAAUGUUGUUUGGUACAAAUACGGAAUUGUAAUUGUAUCAACAUUUUUAUAAGUUAUUAUAAAUAAACAAGACUCGCUUA